CGCGGGGGGCGCGCGUGGGCGUGGCCCCUCAGUCCACGCGUGGCCCCUAAGUCGCCGCGGCUCUAGUCCGGGACGCGGCUUUCCGGAGUAGAGCCCUGGAGGUGAUAAGUGUGAUGCUUCCGUAAUACAUUUGGAUGUUGUCAGGUAAGUUCACUUCUGAACUAAGGGGUUCCUCCAAAUGUUGGCUGAAAUUUGUCCUUGCACAUCCCAAGGCUCGUCUGCAAAGUCUACAAUUCAUAAUGGAGCUACUGUACUGGCUAUUGGAAGGAGGAGAUUCUGAAGAUAAGGAGGAUGCCACUGGAAAUGUUGAAAUGAAAAAUAUUCAGCGAUCGGUCUUUGAAAUUUCCUGUGAUAUGUUUCAAUCUAGAUGCAAAGGACAUGGAAAAAUCAAAGUGCUCGAGUGGUUUAAAUAUGUUUUGGAUGUUCCUGUUUAUAGACGAUAAUACUUUUCCAAUUAAAAUCCUCAGUUGUCAUGCAGAAGAAAGUUAAGCUCUACUUGAUUGCCAAUUUUACUGAAAAUGCUUAGUAUUUUACAGUAUCACUGAAUAUAUUUUGUUUAGCCAAAGUAUAGGAAAAAUAAAAUAAAUUGUGUAGGUUGACUUUUUUCUAAAAAUGUC